AUUCUCCAGGCCCUCCCCUCCUCCUCAAAAGCCUUCGUCUCCGCAAGGCACGCCCCUCCCCACCAGGCUGAUCCCCACCAGCGACCAUGGACCACAUACAUCCCGACAAUAUUCCCCUCAACCAUUUCCUUGCCCUCCCGCGUCCAGACCAUGGCUUGGCUGCGGCCGGCACACCUGACACUUCGACCCUCGCCGCGCACGACUUCGAUGUCGACACGCGUACUGGCUUCAUGCCCCCGCGUCCUUUGUCUCGACUGCCCCAAGAGUGGGCGUCAUGGGAGACUGCAUUAGACGAAGCACGCUCGAGCAGGCUUCAACUCGCUGACAAACCAGACCUCUCACCGGAGGACGCGGAACGAUCUGAACGUUGGCGGGACCGCGUCAGACAACUCCCGAUCCUCUCUACUGACCACCUGAAGCGCUCCGAAGUACUCCUUCGCCGGGCGCACCAUGUCCUUUCAUGGAUUAUGCACUUUUAUGUACAUUCGCUGCCCAUAUCCGUCAGCGAAAUCUGCAUCCCCCCUCCCGUCACUGUCCCCCUCCUCCAGGUAUCUGCACAGCUCCAGCUGCCGCCCGUCCUCACUUACUCAGACGAUGUCAUCAACAACUGGGAGUACAUCACGCCUCCCACCUCCGAGUUCCCCCCGCGUCCGCCCGCGCUCGAUAACCUCCGCUGCCAGACGCUCUUCACGGAGACGCGCGACGAAGAGGAGUUCUACCUCGCGUCCGCCCGGAUUGAGCUCCGGGGCGUCGAGGCGCUCACCCUCAUGCGGGCCAUGAUGGACGAGGCCUUCCUCGGUGACGCGACCGCCCUCCGGCGCAUCACCACCUACCUACACACACUCGCAGGCGUCAUCCGCGAGCUCACGAGCAUCCUCGCGGACGUGCGCAAGGGCUGCGACCCCGACGUGUUCUACAACGAGAUCCGGCCCUGGUUCCGCGGCGCGGACUCGUCCGACGGCAAGCGGAAGUGGGUCUUCCAGGGCAUCGAGCUCGACCCGACCCUCCGCGAGCCCACGGAGCUCUCGGGCCCGAGCGCCGGCCAGAGCUCGCUCAUCCACGCACUCGACGUAUUCCUCGGCGUCGACCAGUACUCGCACUCCAACUUCAUGUCGAACAAGCCCGUGCCGAUGGCGCGCGCGCAGACGGCCCCGGCGGUCCUGCCCGCGCCAGGGACGAGCGGUCCGGCGACGGCGACGUUCAGCUCCGCACCCGGCUCGUCGUCAGUGCCCUUCCUGACCCGCAUGCAGUCGUACAUGCCCCGGCACCACCGGGCGUUCCUCCGACACCUCUCCUCGAACCCACGCCCGAUCCGGACGCUCGUGGAGACGUCGGGCGAGAAGAAUCUGCUCGAGGCGUACAACGUCGCUGUCUCCGCGCUCAAGGUCUUCCGCGACGAGCACGUGAAGAUCGUCGCGUUGUACAUACUCGUUCCGAGCAAGAAGGCGCGUGAGGCCGCGGGGAAGUCUAAGGAAGACAGUGCUGCGAAGGGCACGGGCGGCACAGACGCGUUCCAGUUUGUGAAGGGCGUGCGGGACCAGACUGCAGGGGCUCUGCUCAAGUCUGGAGAGUAGUUUGCAGAGCAUUUGGUAUGGUACCUACUACCGAUGCUUUAAUCUGCGAUUAUCUUGUUGUAUCAUCAUCCUGAUAAUAUUCGGGCUGU